UGUUCCACUGAGUGCAAAAUCCUCAUCACCUACCAUACUUUAUGCAGGGAAUAGUUGAUGAUAUGGAGGACGUAUCUUUGGAUUUUGGGGCAGAAGAAGAAGAGUUGGCAUUAAGAAAAACAACAAUCAGACAUCCCAUUGCAUCAUUUUUUCAUCUGUUUUUUCGAAUAAGUGCUAUUAUUAUCUAUUUGUUUUGUGACUGGUUCAGCAAGAGUUUUGUUGCCUGCUUUGUUGUCAUCAUAAUUCUUCUUUCCUGUGACUUUUGGUCAGUCAAGAAUAUUACAGGGAGGUUAUUGGUGGGAUUGCGGUGGUGGAAUCAAAUCAGUUAAGAUGGGAGAAGUCACUGGGUCUUUGAAGCAAACAAUACCUCUACCAAUAAGAACUCAUCAACAGAAGCUGAAGCUCGAAUAUUUUGGUUAGGUCUCAUCAUCUGCCCACUGAUUUGGACAGUUAUUCUUCUUCAGUACACUUUUUUUCUUUAAAAGUGAAAUGGAUGUCUUUGGUCAUCACU